CAUAGAUGUAUUGAAAAGCAGAUACAGGUAUUCGACAGUCAUCAACCACCAGUUAGUCGAUGCAGAUAAAUUUCGACUGUUAGUUGUGCAAAUAGGCUGACUCGUCAAAACAAAACAAAACUUGUGUUUUACAUUUUAAGGAUAUUUUAAGUUCCCCAAAAAAAAAACUUUCAUAAAUCAUUCCAGCAUCACCAUAGAAAUGUCUAGACUUGUACCAUUCCUGCUUGUUACAUUCUACAUCGGAGCAUCUUGGGCAUCGAAUGGCUGUGUAGAACUGGACAAGCUAAGCUUCGACAAAAUAGUCAAACGGUUCCGAUAUACGCUGGUUAAGUUCGACGUAGCAUUCCCGUACGGGGAGAAACAUGAAGCCUUUACUAGUUUCGCAUUGGAAAGCAAUGAGGCUCUUGACGACCUGCUAUUCGCCUUGGUCGGAAUAAAGGACUACGGAGAAAAGGAAAACGCCGACCUGGGCAAGCGUUUCAAAAUUCCGGAAAAGUAUCCCGUCAUAAAGCUCUUCAACAAUGAAACCUUGGACACUUAUGUGGACUACCCCGAGGACGAUCCCAUCACGGUCGACAGCCUUCGCAAGUUUGUCAGUGCAAACACCGAUCUGUACAUUGGAUUGCCGGGAUGUCUGAAGGAGAUCGACGAACUGGCCGCAAAGUUCUCCUGCCCCAAAAAGUCCAAGGAAGCUCUGCUCGAGAUUGUGACCGAAACGGAGCAAAUGGAAAACCUUUUCAGCGCGGAAAAAGCACACAAAUCGUUCCAAAUCUAUCUAACCUUGAUGAGGAAAAUGGCCCAGUCGGACAAAUCGGUCAAAGAGUUCAUUGCGGGGGAGAAAGACCGCGUGCGGAACUUGCUGAAGGGUAAAAUAAGUGACAACAAGAAAGCUGAUCUCAACCUAAGACUGAACAUAAUGGAAUCCUUUAAGUCGGGAAGAACGCCGGACAAGGCGGCGAGUGACGAACUGUAAGCUGUGCACACCUAACUUACGAAGGGUUUUGCUUCUCUCGAAUCACGUUUUAGUGUUCUAAAUUUUAAGUUCAUCGUUUGAUAAUUUUGCACAAGUAUAUUGCUUUUAGCAUCGCAGUUAGAUUGAUGUCAUGCAAUACAUUAGAA